CUCGUGGUGCUAUUUGAAUCACUGGAUUUGGAUUUUCAAAAACUCUCUCCUCUUUUGCUCUCUUUUCCCUAAUUCCCCAAAUCUCUGUUUUCUCUCUCUCUUGGCGGCCGACGCGGCGGCGGCUGUGGCUGAGGUUUGAGGCUGAGAGUGUAACUGGUGUUGUUCCCUUUUGCCCUCUCUUUUAUCCCUCUCUCUCUCUCUUUUGUCUUCUAAAACCCCCAUACAUCUGAGAUUUUGGGAUUUAUUAGGGUUUAGAGAUUUUUAAGUGUUGUUAAUGGCGCCUACAGUUGCUCCUCCUGCAGAUCAAACAGCAGAGCUGUUGCAGAAAUUGACUAUAGAUUCACAGGCAAAGCCCUUCGAUAUUCCUGAGCCUACUAAGAAGCCUUCUGUUUAUCAGUAUGGUUCUGUUGAUUCAGGCAACACUGGGAAUACCCAAAUUCCGACGUUUGACAGAUCCACAACACCUUUGCUACAGGAUUUUAUGGAUCCGAAUAUGUGCUAUAUUCCUAGUGGUUAUCCAUCUGCGUAUUACUAUGGAGGCUUUGAUGGCACCGGUAAUGAGUGGGAUGAAUAUUCACAAUAUUUAAAUCCAGAUGGAGUUGACAUGACUUCAGGGGUUUACGGGGACAAUGGAUCUCUUAUGUAUCAUCAUGGUUACAGCUAUGCACCAUAUGGACCGUAUUCACCUGCAGCUUCCCCAGUUCCGACUCUGGGGAAUGAUGGUCAAUUGUAUGGUCCACAACACUACCAGUAUCCUCCCUUCUUCCAGCCGAUGACUCUAACCAGUGGUCCGUUCACGCCAAACCCUGCUGCUCCAUCCCAUGGUGAGCUUCUGACCUCUGCUGCUGCUGAUCAGAAGCCCUUACCUGUUGAAACACCGAACUCAAAUUCCAAUGGAGUUGCCAAUGGUGGCAGUGUGAAGGGGAAUAAUGGUCCAGGCGCAAUAAAACCAUCAUACCCCAGCUCAUUUAAUACCAAUAAUUCUUAUGGAAGGGGACCUCCACCUGGAAGUGUCCCAACCUCCGGAUAUCAGGAUCCAAGAUAUGGUUUUGAUGGGUUUCGAUCUCCUAUCCCAUGGCUUGAUGGCUCUAUGUUUUCAGAUGGGCAGCACAGGCCCGUCUCAAGCCCUGCAAUGAACUCUUUGGUUUCAAAAGCAAAUGGUUUUCCAUCUUCAAGGAAUCAAAACUUCAGAUCUAAUUCUAAUUACAUGGGACUGCACCACCCUGGGCCAAUGUCCGGCAUGGGCACAACUCAUGGUUAUGUCAAUAGAAUGUACCCAAACAAACCAUAUGGCCAGUAUGGGACCACAUUCAGAUCUGGAAUGGGCUUUGGAUCUAAUGGUUAUGAUUUGCGAACAAAUGAAAGGGGUUGGUUGGCAGACAACAAGUACAGACCAAGGGGACGGGGCAAUGGUUAUUUUGGUUCAGGCAAUGAUAUCAUGGACGGUUUUAAUGAAUUGAACAGGGGACCUAGGGCUAAGGGGCCUAAGAACCAAAAGGGUGCAACACCUAUCACAGCAUCUACUAAGGGGCAAAAUAUUCCCUCAGAUGGAACCAAGGAUGAGGAAAAGGCAUAUGUUGUUCCAGACCGUGAACAGUAUAACCUAGAAGAAUUCCUUGUGGAUUAUGACGAUGCCAAGUUCUUUGUUAUUAAAUCAUACAGCGAGGAUGAUGUUCAUAAAAGCAUCAAGUACAAUGUUUGGGCGAGCACACCAAAUGGUAACAAAAAGCUUGAUGCAGCUUACCAGGAAGCCCAGCAGAAAUCUGGUCACUGCCCUAUAUUUCUUUUCUUCUCGGUCAAUACAAGUGGGCAAUUUGUCGGCAUUGCCGAGAUGGUAGGGGCGGUUGAUUUUCAAAAGAAUGUGGAGUUCUGGCAACAAGACAAAUGGACUGGCUGUUUCCCAGUAAGAUGGCUCAUUAUUAAGGAUGUACCUAAUAAUUCCUUGAAGCACAUUACCCUAGAGAACAAUGAGAAUAAGCCCGUCACAAAUAGCAGGGAUACGCAAGAGAUCAAGCUUGAUCAAGGGCUUAAGUUGCUCAAAAUCUUCAAGGAGCAUUCCAGCAAAACUUGCAUUUUAGACGAUUUCGAAUUUUACGAGAUUCGCCAGAAAGCAAUUCAGGAGAAAAAGGCUAAACAUCAGUUGCAAAAGCAGGUAUGGGAAGAAAAGCCUGGAGAUGAAAAGAAAGAUAUAGCAACAACAAAUGGUGAUUUGAUCAAAGAAAUCAAUCCAAUUCCUCACUCGAACGGCCUUCUUUCAGAAGAUGGUUCAGGAUACCCAAAACAGUGAAGAACUUUUUGUCAAACGGUUGCUAACAUUUUCUAUGAAUCCCCUUGGGGAUGUGUUUGUGGUCUUGUAAAAUAUAAUGAAUGCUUGGUGGUUUUUUACUGGCUUUAGAAUUUUAUUAUAGAUUUUACGGUACCAUGGGACCAUCUUCAAGGGGAUAUAAAGUGAAUAAUCCAAGGCGGGGUUGGGGGGGGGGGGGUUGCAGGCAAGCGUUGUAGGGUUUUCUAAGAAUCCAUAAGUCAUUUUAUGAUGGAUAUGUUUUUCUUCUUACCGUUUUUCUUCUUAGGGAGGAUGGGUUUUAGGUUUUUUUUAUUUAUUUCAAGUGGUGGUUUCUUUAUUAUUAUUAUUAUUAUUAUUAUAUAUGCAUGUUGAUUUCUCAAAAAAGAAAAAUAAAAAAUUUGGAUUACAGACUUGGUGCAAA